ACGACCACCACUGACACCCCAUCCCACAAACACAUCACUUUUGAACCAUCUUUCCUUGGAUCAAGUUCAAGGUAAUGGAGGAACAGCAGCGAGAGUCAUCAGCUGCCCGUUCCCUUCACUUUCCUAGCAUGUCUCUUAUCUCUGUUUCACACUUCACCCCUGGCCCCCUCUUCCUUCCUUGUGCUUGAAGAAUCCUUUCUUGCUGGGAAAUCCUCUGGUUUCUCAGACUCCCUUUCCAUCUUCGGGAAAAUACCCACUAUCUAGUCGCCACCUUCUUCCUUUUUCGAGUGCAGGUCCCCACCAGAGGAAUCCAAACAAAACAGGAAGCCUGCCAGUGACCCCUGUGGGCCUGAGGCUUGGGCAGGCAGUGGGCGUAGGGUAGAGGCUUCCUGAAUGGCCCCACCGCCUGCCCUUGGCCCUGCCCAGAAUUGUUGGCCUUCAUUAGUCCACAGCACUUAUCUUGGAACCACAGCCACUGACAGAACGGUCCCUGCCCUUCUCUGCCUGCCCUGCGCCCAGCAGUGCCAUGGGGAACUGUGUGCACCGGGGUGUCCAGCUGGUGCCUGAUGAGAACUUUAGUAUGUCGGACUUGGGAGACGAGUUAUGGAGUGAGUUUAAUGAGUCGUAUGAUAUGGACUAUAACAGCACCGACAUGGAAGCAGCAGCCCCCUGCCACUCCUGUAACCUGCUCGACGACUCCUCGCUGCCCUUCUUCAUCCUCGCCAGUGUCCUGGGCAUCCUAACCAGUGCAGCUGUCCUCUUCGCACUUCUCAAACCUCUCUUCCGCUGGCAGCUCUGCCCUGACCGGCCUAUCCUGGUACAGCUGGCUGUGGGCAGUGCCCUCUUCAGCCUCGUGGUGCCCAUUGUGGCACCAGGGCUAACAGGGGUCUACAGCAUCCACCUGUGCCACCUGGCCCACUUGGUCUGGUAUGGCUCAGCCUUUGCCCUGGCUCUGCUGAUCGCGUGCCGUGCCUGUCUGGGCCCCAAACUGAGUGCAGGCCAAGUCCCAGGCCUCACCCUGGGGCUCACUGUGGGUGUCUGGGGAGUGUCUGUCCUAUUGGGGCUGCCUGUCCUAGACCAUGAACUUCCCCAAGGACUCUGCACUCUGACAUUCAGCAGGGGCCAGGGGGUUUUGCUGGCCAUACACACUGCAGCCUGUUUUGCCAUCUUCUUCUUGUUGCCACUGGGUUUGUUGGGAGCUAAGGGGCUGAAGAAGGCAUUGGGCAGGGGACCAUGUCCCUGGGUUGAUGUCCUGUGGGUCUGGUUCAUUUUCUGGUGGCCCCAUGGGCUAUUUCUGGGAUUAGACUUCCUGGUGAGGUCCAAGUCCUUGAAACUGUCAACAUGUCUGGCCCAGCAGGCCAUGGACCUGCUGCUGCAACUGACAGAUGCCCUGGCAAUAUUACACUGUGUGGCCACACCCCUGCUCCUAGCCCUGUUCUGCUACCAGGCCACUCGCACUGCCUCACCCUCCCUGCCUCUCUCGGCAAGACAGUCUUCUCAUCCGGACAACCUUAGAGACAAAUCCUUGCUCUCCUCCCGCCUGUCAACCUGA